AUGGAGCUACUCAUCAAGAAUGUUAUAUUAAUUGUUUUACUACCGUUGCUUGAAGCCCAGUAUAAUGCCCAAAGUUCAGCAUUUAUACCAAAAAUUAUUAAACCUAAAAAACAGGAACACGAAAACAAGGAAAUAUUGGCAGCUACCGAGGAACCAAUCACGACAACCGUUUUUCCGCCCUUAAGAUGCCUUAGUUGUGCAUAUUGUUCCCCAAAGGAGGGAAAAACUAGAAAUAGUGAGGGAAAAAAGAUGUGUCCCAUUAAAUUGGGCGAACUCAACGGUUGCAUAUCCAUUUUUUUUAAUUUCACAAACACCGCUGGAGGUCCACACGGCUUUAUGGUGAGAAGUUGUCUUUCCGAUCUAGACGAGGGCAGUCGAGAAUAUUGUAAGAAGAAUGAAAAAUACUGCGACAAGUGUUUCGAUGAUGAUUGCAAUUAUGUGGACAUAACCAAGGACGGAUUGGUGACUGGCGGAGGAACUCAAAUAAUGGCAUCAAUUAUUUUGAUCUUAAAUUUGAUCGGUUGGCUUUUAGUAAGGGUGUAA